UAAACACCUUUCAACAACUUUGUUCUCUAGCUGUUGUCUGCCGCAUCCGGUUUUGAAUCUCUCUUCUCUCCCUCGCUUAAACCCCCCACCCUCCACCACCCACCCACCCUAUCCCACCCCUUGGGCCCCUCCGCCAUGCUUAUAAACGUGAAAAUGCUUACGCAAACUUCCAGUUUAAUCUCCAGUCUCGGGAAACGCCAUGCCUUAGUCACAUACGUAACAGUAUAUCGCUUAUCAUCAGUUUCUGGGCUCUGUUUUUCUCUGUAAGUUUUCUGGUUUUUGGAGGUAAACAAAACAAAAUGGCGGCAACGUCGAGAUCCGCGAAGACGACCAUGGAGCUUUACACGUCGAAGAGAUGGAAGCAUACGGCGGCGGAGACCAGCCCGGAGCGGACCAGAGUCUGGACGGAGCCGCCCAACGCGAAGCCCAAAUCGGAACGGAAAGUCGCCGUCGUUUACUACCUCUCCCGGAAUGGCCAGCUCGAACACCCUCAUUUCAUGGAGGUCCCUCUCUCCUCGCCGGAAGGGCUCUAUCUCAGAGAUGUGAUCAACAGUUUGAAUUUUCUCCGGGGAAAAGGCUUGGCUUCUCUUUAUUCCUGGUCUGCAAAAAGGAGCUACAAGAAUGGAUUUGUGUGGCACGAUUUGUCGGAGAAUGAUUUCAUUUAUCCGGCGCAUGGGCAAGAGUAUGUUCUCAAGGGCUCGGAGCUGAUGAUGGAUGGGGCACUGAUUUCUCCGUCGGAAGAAUUGGGAUUUUCCAGUUCGGCGCCGCUCUUGCCGGACGUUCGGAAAUCCGGCGAGUAUCCGGUGACGGCGCGGAGGAGGAACCAAUCUUGGAGCUCGUCUGACUUCCACGAGUACAGAGUGUACAAGGCGGAGUCGACCGGAGAAUCUUCCGGCAGAGCAGCCGACGCUUCGACUCAAACGGACGAUAAACGACGCCGUAGAAGACCGGGUCGGGUCGUGGAGGAGGAAGACGGGGAAGAAAAGGGCAAAGAACAGGACGGGGAAGGGAAAACUCCGGUCCGGAGCCAGAGCACGGAGCUGAGCAGAGGCGAGAUUUCGCCGCCGCCGUCGGAUUCCAGCCCGGAAACCUUAGAAACCCUAAUGAAGGCCGACGGAAGGCUCGUGCUCCGUUCAGAACCCGCCGCCGGCGAAGACGCAACCGCCGCAAAAGGAAAACCGAAAUCACCGUCAGUUCUUCUGCAAUUACUCUCCUGCGGCUCCAUUUCCUUCCGGGACUGCGGCGCCGGCCACGGCAAAGACCACGGAUUUUCUCUCAUCUCCCACUACAAGGCGAGACUGCCACGCGCCGCCGCCGCCGGCGGCAAUCACGUGGAGAAAGACCUAGCGGUGGAGUUCCCGGUAAAAGUAAACCUCGAAGACAAAGAAUACUUCAGUGGGAGCUUGAUAGAGACAAAGAAGGAGGCAUUUCCAGGCUUAAAGAGAUCUUCGUCUUAUAAUGCUGAACGGAGCUCUAAACUGGAACUGACCCAACAGGAGAUUGCUGGUGUGAGGGCCAAAUGCAUCCCAAGAAAGCCAAAAACCCAAGUGGACACUAGCCAACAUGGUAGCAAAAGGAUGGCGCCCCAAUCCUGAACUCACGACGCCUAAUUGUUUUAGAAUUCUCGUGGACGAUGUGAUCUUGAAAAGACAUUGAGACGUUUUAUUCUGAACUCACGCCUGGUGGGUGGUCUUGAAAUUAGAGGGUAUCGAUUUUGAAUUCUCGUGGACGAUGUGAUCUUGAAAAGAUAUUGAGACAUUUUGACAUGACGAAUGAAAAGGGGGUACAUGUACUGUUGUUAGACUUGGCAGCCACGCCACGGCAAGGAGGAUUGAUGUGAAAAUGGGGUUUGGUUGUCUGCUUAUGGUUUGUAGGGUUGUGUGAAUUUUUUAACGUUGUUUGUAUUAUGGGGUCUAUGGUUUUGCCAAAAUUCUUGAGAAAGUGUUGACUUUUCCAGGUUUUUAGUAGUCUGUGAACCGACGACUGAGUUUGCACUUAAA